AUGAUGUUAACAACAACACUUUUACCGUCUGUGGCUCACUUGUGUCAACAUGCAUUUAUCAGAUCGUGGUUUGGAAAAACACAACCAUUUAUUAUUUAUGCAACUAUAACAGCAUUGCCAUGCAGUGCAAAAUCUGCCGCAUUGGUUGAUAUUGAAAAAUGGAAACAAAUAAAACCUGAAGAUUCUCAUCUUAAUUGUUCGGCGUCAAUCGAAAGUUUAUUAGCCGAAUUAAAGAAGCAUAAAUCGAUCAUACAAAUUUUCGAUGAAAUGAAUACAUUUAUAUCGUCGAUGGGUUUAUACAAAAAUGAAAAGGCUGCCUAUGAUCGUGCCUAUUUUUGUAUGCUAUUUAAUGGUGAAUCAUAUGUUAGAAGACAAACCUGUGGUGCAUCAACUGAAUUACAAAACACACGUCUUAAUAUUGUUUGUUGUGAACAGCCGUUAACUACCAUUAAUUCAAUCAGUGAAGACAUAUCAAUGUUGGUUACACAAGAUGAUCUAUUCGUUCGGUGUUUUUAUUGUCUGUGCUCCGUUGUCACGUGCACUGUGAGUGAUUUUAAACCGAUUGAUAUUAAUGUUCCAACAUUGUCUCAUUUGUUUUAUGCUAUCGAUCGUUUACAUGCUGAUCAGAGUCGUGGGGGUAAAUAUUAA